AUGUUACAUACAUAUAGAGUUUGGAGCAGGCGACAGUUACAUACGCAUAGAGUUGGAGCAGAGGACUGUUACAUACAUUUAGAGGUUGGAGAGGUUGGAGCAGGGGAAUGUUACAUACUUAUAGAGUUUGGAGAAGAGGACUGUUACAUACAUAUAGAGGUUGGAAAGGUUGGAGCAGGGGACUGUUACAUACAUAUAGAUGUUGGAGCAGGGGACUAUUAUAUACAGUACAUAUAGAGGUUGGAGCAGGGGGCUGUGACAUACAUAAAGAGGUUGGAGCAGGGUACUGUUACAUACAUAUAGAGGUUGGAAAGGUUGGAGGUGGGGACUGUUACAUACAUAUUGAGAUUAGAGCAGGGGACUGUUACAUACAUAUAGAGGUUGGAGCAGGGGACUGUUACAUACAUACAGAGGUUGGAACAGGGGACUGUUACAUACAUAUAUAGGUUGGAGCAGGGGACUGUUACAUACAUAUAGAGGUUAGAGCAGGGGACUGUUACAUACAUAUAGAUGUUGGAGCAGGGGACUAUUAUAUACAGUACAUAUAGAGGUUGGAGCAGGGGACUGUUACAUACAUACAGAGGUUGGAGCAGGGGACUGUUACAUUCAUAUGGAGGUUGGAGCAGGGGACUGUUACAUACAUAUAGAGGUUUGAAAGGUUGGAGCAAGGGACUGUUACAUACAUAUAGAGGUUAGAGCAGGGGACUGUUACAUACAUAUAGAUGUUGGAGCAGGGGACUGUUACAUACAUAUAGAGGUUUGAAAGGUUGGAGCAGGGGACUGUUACAUACAUAUAGAGAUUAGAGCAGGGGACUGUUACAUACAUAUAGAGGUUGGAGCAGGGGACUGUUACAUAGAUAUAGAGGUUGGAGCAGGGGACUGUUACAUACAUAUAGAGGUUGGAAAGGUUGGAGCAGGGGACUGUUACAUACAUAUGGAGGUUCUAGCAGGGGAAUGUUACAUACAUAUAGAGGUUGGACCAGGGGGCUGUUACAUACAGUCCAUAUAGAGGUUGGAGCAAGGGAAUGUUACAUACAAUAGAGGUGAAGAGGUUGGAGCAGGGUACUGUUACAUACAUACAGAGGUUGGAGCAGAGGGCUGUUACAUACACAUUGAGGUUGGAGCAGGGGACUGUUACAUACAUAGAGAGGUUGGAGCAGAGGGCUGCUACAUACAUACAGAGGUUGGAGCAGGGGACUGUUACAUACAGUGGGGAAAAAAGUAUUUAGUAAGCCACCAAUUGUGCUUGUUCUCCCACUUAAAAAGAUGAGAGAGGCCUGUAAUUUUCAUCAUAGGUACACGUCAACUAUGACAGACAAAAUGAGAAAAAAAUUCCAGAAAAUCACAUUGUAGGAUUUUUUAUGAAUUUAUUUGCAAAUUAUGGUGGAAAAUAAGUAUUUGGUCAAUAACAAAAGUUUCUCAAUACUUUGUUAUAUACCCUUUGUUGGCAAUGACACAGGUCAAACGUUUUCUGUAAGUCUUCACAAGGUUUUCACACACUGUUGCUGGCCCAAUUUUGGCCCAUUCCUCCAUGCAGAUCUCCUCUAGAGCAGUGAUGUUUUGGGGCUGUCGCUGGGCAACACGGACUUUCAACUCCCUCCAAAGAUUUUCUAUGGGGUUGAGAUCUGGAGACUGGCUAGGCCACUCCAGGAGCUUGAAAUGCUUCUUACGAAGCCACUCCUUCGUUGCCCGGGCGGUGUGUUUGGGAUCAUUGUCAUGCUGAAAGACCCAGCCACGUUUCAUCUUGAAUGCCCUUGCUGAUGGAAGGAGAUUUUCACUCAAAAUCUCACGAUACAUGGCCCCAUUCAUUCUUUCCUUUACACGGAUCAGUCGUCCUGGUCCCUUUGCAGAAAAACAGCCCCAAGGCAUGAUGUUUCCACCCCCAUGAUUCACAGUAGGUAUGGUGUUCUUUGGAUGCAACUCAGCAUUCUUUGUCCUCCAAACACGACGAGUUGAGUUUUUACCAAAAAGUUCUAUUUUGGUUUCAUCUGACCAUAUGACAUUCUCCCAAUCCUCUUCUGGAUCAUCCAAAUGCACUCUAGCAAACUUCAGACGGGCCUGGACAUGUACUGGCUUAAGCAGGGGGACACGUCUGGCACAGCAGGAUUUUAGUCCCUGGCGGCGUAGUGUGUUACUGAUGGUAGGCUUUGUUACUUUGGUCCCAGCUCUCUGCAGGUCAUUCAUUAGGUCCCCCCGUGUGGUUCUGGGAUUUUUGCUCACCGUUCUUGUGAUCAUUUUGACCCCACGGGGUGAGAUCUUGCGUGGAGCCUCAGAUCGAGGGAGAUUAUCAGUGGUCUUGUAUGUCUUCCAUUUCCUAAUAAUUGCUCCCACAGUUGAUUUCUUCAAACCAAUCUGCUUACCUAUUGCAGAUUCAGUCUUCCCAGCCUGUUGCAGGUCUACAAUUUUGUUUCUGGUGUCCUUUGACAGCUCUUUGGUCUUGGCCAUAGUGGAGUUUGGAGUGUGACUGUUUGAGGUUGUGGACAGGUGUCUUUUAUACUGAUAACAAGUUCAAACAGGUGCCAUUAAUACAGGUAACGAGUGGAGGACAGAGGAGCCUCUUAAAGAAGAAGUUACAGGUCUGUGAGAGCCAGAAAUCUUGCUUGUUUGUAGGUGACCAAAUACUUAUUUUCCACCAUAAUUUGCAAAUAAAUUCAUAAAAAAUCCUACAAUGUGAUUUUCUGGAUUUUGUUUUCAAAAUUUGUCUGUCAUAGUUGACGUGUACCUAUGAUAAAAAUUACAGGCCUCUCUCAUCUUUUUAAGUGGGAGAACUUGCACAAUUGGUGGCUGACUAAAUACUUUUUUUUCCCCACUGUACAUAUAUAGGUUGGAGCAGGGGACUGUUACAUACAUAGAGAUGUUGGAGUGGGGGACUGUUCCAUACAUAUAGAGGAUGGAGCAAUGAACUGUUACAUACAGUACAUAGAGAGGUUGGAGCAGGGGACUGUUACAUACAUAAAGAUGUUGUAGGAGGGGACUGUUAAAUACAUAUAGAGGUUGGAGCAGGGGGCUGUUACAUACAUAUAGAGGUUGGAGAGGUUGGAGCAGGGGGCUGUUACAUACAUAUAUAGGUUGGAGCAGGGGACUGUUACAUACAUAGAGAUGUUGGAAUGGGAGACUGUUCCAUACAUAUAGAGGAUGGAGCAAUGAACUGUUACAUACAGUACAUAAAGAGGUUGGAGCAGGGGACUAUUACAUACAUAAAGAUGUAGGAGGAGGGGACUGUUAAAUACAUAUAGAGGUUGGAGCAGGGGGCUGUUACAUACAUAUAGAGGUUGGAGAGGUUGGAGCAGGGGGUUGUUACAUACAUAUAUAGGUUGGAGCAGGGGACUGUUACAUACAUAUAUAGGUUGGAGCAGGGGACUGUUACAUACAUAUAUAGGUUGGAGCAGGGGACUGUUACAUACAUAGAGAUGUUGGAGUGGGGGACUGUUCCAUACAUAUAGAGGAUGGAGCAAUGAACUGUUACAUACAGUACAUAGAGAGGUUGGAGCAGGGGACUGUUACAUACAUAUAGAGGUUGAAGCAGGGGACUGUUACAUACAUAUAGAGGUUGGAGCAGGGGAAUGUUACAUACAUACAGAGGUUGAACCAGGUGGCUGUUACAUACAUAUAGAGCUCGGAGAGGUUGGAGCAGGGGGCUGUUACACACAUAUAGAGGUUGGAGCAGGGGACUGUUACAUACACAUAGAGGUUGGAGCAGGGGACUGUUACAUUCAGUACAUAGAGAGGUUGGAGCAGGGGACUGUUACAUACAUACAGAUGUUGGAGGAGGGGACUAUUAAAUACAUAUAGAGGUUGGAGCAGAUGACUGUUACAUACAUAUGGAGGUUGGAGCAGGGGGCUGUUACAUACAUAUAGAGGUUGGAGCUGGGGACUGUUACAUUCAGUACAUAUAGAGGUUGGAGCAGGGGACUGUUACAUACAAAUAGAGGUUGGAGUCGUUGGAUCAGGGGACUGUUAAAUACAUAUAGAUGUUUGGGAGAUUGGAGCAGGGGACUGUUACAUAAAUAUAGAGAUUGGAGAGGUUGGAUCAGGGGAAUUUUACAUAAAUAUAGAGGUUGGAGAUGUUGGAGCAGGGGACUGUUACAUAGAUAUAGAGGUUGGAGCAGGGGACUGUUACAUAUGUAUAGAGGUUGGAGCAGGGGACUCUUACAUACAUAUAAAG